GUCGUAUACCUACCGGCACGUAUAUUAAUUUUCUAUUCGUCUUAUACGUGUCGACGUAAGCGUUCGGGAAGCAUUCGUUUCGGACGUACCGAUCGCGUUCGAACGUCCUCUCGUCAAUUUCAAUCGUUUUGUAGACAGUAAUAAAGAGACACUUAACGUAUUAUAUAUAGUAUAAUAUACACUGCUGCUGCAGUUGUUUUAAGGUGCGUCGACGGUUGUCACCGGCGUCUCGUCUCUACUCAGUCGUUCCAGUUCUUUCGUGUCGUUUAAAUUUUUAACAAAAUACCGAAUUUUCGACGUGGCCUCUCGUGUGUUGUCACAAGGAAAAUGUCACUCUCCACGUGCGGUCACGCCGUUUUCGCGUGCGUCGCGAUAUUAGUAUUGCAAUCUGUAGUCUAUUCGACUGACGCUUUGCCGACCGCAGAUCAAUCGCUACAGUCGUCCACACCGCUGCCGCUGUCAUCGCGAGAUAUCGAAGACGAAGUACUCGACACGAGUGCCCUAAGUGCUACGUCAACCGAUGUAGCGGCUAGUGAUUAUGCGGUCAAGGAUAUAGCUUUGGUGGACAGUGAAAAGGGCCACAACAUUCACAAGCCUAUUAAAAAGAAGAAACCUUUGGGCAAACACAAGAAGAAAAAGAAUUCGUUUAAGAAUAAAUUCUUGCCUCUUCUUUUAAUACCAUUUGUUAUUCAAACCAUGCUCAUACCGUUUUUCAUAAUGAAAUUGAAAUUGUUAGCUUUGAAAGCAAUGGCAGUGGGCAAGUUCGCAAUUCUGUUGAUCAUUUUUAAUAUGAUGCGUAAUUGGUCACAAAAUGCACACAGUACUUCGAUUCGUGGCUCAACUGGGGAUUCAUUGCUCAUGGCUCAAAAUUACGGUUACAACGGUGUUCCAGAAUUCGGAGCAAUAUUUAAUGGCCGUUAGUAAUUGUCCAACAGACAGUUUUUCUAAUGCUUAAUAAUUUAUUAAAUUUAUAAUGUAAAAUGCUCUCUGCACAUGUUCCACGUCGGACUUAGUGCUGUGUUAACAUAAGACUAUUUAUGAACAAAAUCACCAAUUGUGUAUUAUAUAUUAUAUUAAAUGAGUGUAAUAUCUCGUAAGGUACAUUACCUAUAUUUUAUUAUAUAGUAUGUUAUCAUUAACCAUGACUCAAAAUUAGAUUCAAUAUACGUUAUUUUGUGCCUUAUAUAUAUUAUAAUAUUGUCAUACGUAUCAUAAGUUAUUGUAAACCUAUUUAAAAAUAUUAUAUUUUCACAUUGUAUAUGUUUAUUAUCACCACAUAUAACUAUCGGUGUAAAAUAAAAAUAUUGAAUAAGAAUAAAAUAUUAUUUUGUGAAUCUAAAAAAAUAAAAAUACCAAUAUUAAUAACAAUAAAUAUAAUUAGAAAGGAA